AUGCUCACGCCGUCAGCUCAAGAACCGACGUAUGAAACCAUGGCCGAGGCGCACAAAGCCUCGAGAUCCCGAUCCUAUCAAUUCCCGCCGUCUUUAUCCGGAGAUGACAAAUUUGCGCGACUGUCGACACAUAUCGAAUCUACUCGUUCGCCUGAGUACUCUGACAUUUUGGGGGAACUUAAGGACAACAACUCGGACGACCCACUCGCGGCAUCCUGGCACCUGGAUCCGUACGAAAGCGACCCAGAGACGGCGGUUCACUACACCGAGUGCUAUUUCUUGCACAUGAAUGACGGUUUGUACCACAUGUUUCCGCAUGGACGAUUCAGCUCGUGGUUGAAAACCUACCCCACCAAGUCUGCAGAUGACAAAAUGCUUCUUUAUUCUAUGAUGGCUCUUGGAUCUGUGUUCUCAGACAGACCGGACAAAAUGGCAGCCAUGAGACGAUUUUCUCGCAUAGCACGAUUUGCUAUUAAUAGAAGCCAGCAUACCAUCUCUUUGCAACUUGCUCAGAGCCAUAUCAUAAUGAGUCUUUGGUACUACGCUACAGGGUCGCUGGUUGGGUCUUGGGACUCGAUCGGUGCAGCGGGAAGAGCGGUGUUUGGGCUUCGUUAUAACGUUGAAUCUGGUGGUGUUGUUGUGGAUCAAAGUCAGAUGUGUGACUACGGGUUACAUCCACAGGCGUUGAUUGAGUGCCGACGACGGACCUUUUGGAUUGCUUUUGUGCUUGAUCGCUUCUCGAGUCUCUAUUCCGCUUCGUCGACUUUUAUCUCGUCAGAUGCAGCCCUGCUGAGACUCCCAUGCCGAGAAGAAAUUUAUGAGACUCAGCAGUACGCGACAGUCCCCUAUUUCCAAUCGUUCCUCAACCACAUCCCCGCCUCCACAGGCGAUGAUCGCUCCACCCUGAGCCCAAUGGCCUUUUUAAUCGAGAUCAUGGCUAUCUGGGGAGAUGUCUCUCUACACAUAACCCGAUUACCACACAUUCCCCCGGAGGCAUACAACCGACUCACCGAAGAUUUCCACACCACCAUCGUCCAAAAAUCCAACCAAUGGAUGAACCGACUCCCCGAGUACCUGACAUUCUCACCCAUCAACCUAGAACGAAGCAUCCGGCAAAGAAAAGUAGACACCUUCAUUUCAACUCAUUUGUUCUACCACGCCAGUUUGAUGAAACUGUACAGAUACGCCCGCCACCAAAGCCUCCGACCCGAGAUCUUAGGCCAAUACAUCCACCGCGCCCGAUAUCACGCGGUCGAAAUCCUCCGCAUUUCUCUUACCUUCGACCAAUACGCCAAAAAGAUCAUCCCUUCUCGACAUAACACGGAGACAUCCAUUUCCCAAAUACUCCUCCUGAACCCAUUCCUCGGCUAUGUGAUCCUAUCAGCCGUGGAUGUCCUCAGUUCCGCGGGUCUGGCAUCUCAGUUGCACGAGUGCAUCUCUUACAUUAGAGGUGCAUUAGACACUGUUCAAGAAUUGGGCCGCUGCUGGGAUAGCUCUUUGCAACUAUCCACUAUUCUACACCGACGUUUGGGUCUGAUGAUUAGCUGUCUGAAUGAGCGCAGCGUCUUCGUCCAGAAACAGGGGUUUGCUCUUGAUGGCCCGCCGCUUGAGAUGAAGGUCCAUGCUGGCGCUUUGCAUUCUCAUCCACCUACAACUAUGAGCGAAGAUCUAUUUACAGGGUCUAUGCCUAGACAAGUGCUUUUGAAUGCUCUGCGGCUUGAUGAGACACUCAUAUCGGAAAGUGGUAUUGCUUGGAUUAGGGAUCCUUGA